UGAUGAGGACUAACCCGUCGUAAAGAGAGCGAGUGAAGGAAGGAGGUGACAGGUGAGAGAGAUCCAGAACGGUCAGGCCCAUUGGAGUAACAAAUCGCAUUUCGAUUCUCACCACGGAAGAAGCGCAGCCUCAAACAAACCAAGUUCCUAGAAGGUUCUGGUCUGUGUCAGAACAUGAUGUGAGUGAGUGCAGGAGAUUCAGUCGCCCAAUCAAUUAAAUGCUUCAUAUGGAAGCACAAAGCUCCCAGCAUACCCAAGUUAUUGAGAUCAGUGGUGACUUUCCUGAUGGUGGAAGGAAGAUUUGUGCGGAAGCACCAUGUGGGUUUGCAGAUGCUGGAUCCAUCUCUAAGGACUCUGAAGAAAGAUCAACUUCUAUGCGAAAGCUUUUCAUGGCAGUGGUCCUUUGUGUUAUUUUCAUGACCGUUGAAGUGGUUGGUGGCAUCAAAGCUAACAGUCUUGCUAUAUUGACUGAUGCAGCACAUUUGCUUUCAGAUGUUGCAGCCUUUGCCAUCUCCUUAUUUUCAUUAUGGGCUGCUGGAUGGGAAGCUACACCUCGCCAGUCAUAUGGAUUUUUCCGAAUAGAGAUUCUUGGUGCUUUGGUUUCUAUCCAAAUGAUAUGGUUGCUUGCUGGGAUUCUGGUAUAUGAAGCCAUUGAUAGAAUCAUUGCCGGUCCUAAAAGUGUGGAUGGUUUUUUAAUGUUUUUAGUUGCUGCAUUUGGUCUUGUGGUUAAUAUCAUCAUGGCUUUGUUAUUGGGUCAUGAUCAUGGCCACGGACAUGAUGGUCAUGGUCACGGUCACGGUCACGGUCACGGACAUGGACAUGAUGGUCAUGGCCACAGUCAUGGAUUUACAGUGUCUACCCAUUGUGAUGCAAAGCAUACAAAAGAUGAGCACCAUCACACACAUGAUGAUCAUGCACACCAUCAUGAUGAAAACCUUUCAAAAGAUGCUCACCAUCAUACUGAGGAAGAUCACUUGCACCAUCAUGCUCACAAAGAUGUUACUGAACCUCUUCUUGGUGAAUCAAAAGGUGGAACUAAGAAGAAGAAGCAAUGGAACAUAAAUGUGCAGGGGGCUUAUCUCCAUGUUCUUGGGGACUCUAUCCAAAGUAUUGGGGUAAUGAUUGGGGGAGCAGUCAUAUGGUAUAACCCUCGUUGGCAAAUAGUUGAUUUAAUCUGCACUCUAAUCUUUUCAAUAAUUGUUCUGGGGACAACCAUCAACAUGCUGCGAAACAUUUUGGAAGUCCUGAUGGAGAGCACACCUCGUGAGAUAGAUGCUACUAAGCUUGAAAGGGGGCUGUUGGAUAUGGAAGAUGUAGUGGCCGUUCAUGAACUGCAUAUAUGGGCCAUUACAGUGGGAAAGGUUUUGCUAGCUUGUCAUGUUAAAAUCAGACGUGAAGCAGAUGCAGACGUGGUGCUGGACAAGGUUAUAGACUAUAUCAAAAGGGUUUAUAACAUCAGCCAUGUCACUAUACAGAUAGAGCGCUAGAAUUUUUCUUCUUUUAUUGACUAUUUCCUGUUAGUAAAGAUUUAGAGGGAAAGGAUUUAGUUGGACUUAAGGAAUUGUUCUGGAACUUAAAUUUGUCGAUGUUCUUAUACUCUUCUAUCUAGAAGUUUAAGAGUGCAGAUAUGAGCAUUGAAUAUUUGCAUGCCAAAUUUUUAUAUAUGAUAUUAUUGUCAAAUUAAUACUUCACUGCUA